AUGUCUGGAAAUGGAGUUUCGCCAGUGGACGCACAUCUAGUGGUGCGUUACGCACCUCAGGAAAGAUCUGGAUCGGACCGUGCGCAAAGAAGAAGAUCGUCGAUCCAGGGUACUUCGAUUUGCGUGACAGAGCCGUGGCUACAGGAGGAAAGCGAGGAAGACGCAAAUAGCGAAUACGGAGCAACUUCUGAGUCGAGAGGCUCCGGAAGACUUUCAGCUUCGCUUCGCGUCUGCGAUCUGUACCAGUGCGUCCAUCAGCACUCGUCAGCAACGCUACAUCCACAGCUGUACUCAGGAUCGUCCGUGACACGACCAGCGUCCCAAACGUUCAAUACUUCGGCAAACUCUCUCAGAUACCGCAGUCCAACAGAGCGUUCACGCCGUUUCAGCGAUACAGAGUCCGAUCUAGCGGGAUUAGGGGCCCAUUUCCUACUGGAUAGGGCUUCCUCAUCGUUUUCGAAUGACCCAACCUCAGUCGCAGCAGCAAGCACAACUGCUGCUGCUGCUGCUGCUGCAUCACGAUCACCACAUUUUGAGGAACUGGCAUGGCGAAUACCCUCUAGAUCUCGACAGUCGAGUCUGUCUUCAUCUUCACAGGCUUCGUCUGGUAUAGGUCCCACGUCUGCGACAAGCGAUCAUGCCGAUAUACAAGACCUUCGCGACGACGAACAUGGCUCCCACGCCGAGACUCGCGGGCAGAAUGCAGAUCAGCAGUCGCAUCAAGAUUGCUGGGUGGAUCUCAGCAACCCAUGCUGUCGACACCAUCACCGACGCAAUUCCACAGCCAUCAAAUUUCGCAAAGCCCUCUACGAAGAGGAAUGA